AUGAUCGGUGAAGGUCAUCCACCUAGUGAGAAGUUCCGUGUGAGUAUUGAUGAGGUCCACGCUCUUUGGGCUGAACUCAAACAGGCUUUAGCUGAUAGACAAGCUGCUCUAGUUCAGAACGAGGUUGCUCAACAAUACCUCUUUGAUGCUAGCGAGGCGGAAGCUUGGAUGGGUGAACAAGAGCUCUACCUCAUGGGAGAGGAGAAGACUAAGGAUGAACAGGGCGCUACCAAUGCUAUAAAGAAACACGAACAGGGGUUCAAAAUAGAAGAAUAUCCCAAAACUAGAACAGUGAUCGAUCACGUUCUUGGUUACUUUCAUUUGCCAUAG